AUGAGGAACAUCAGGACCCUCUUUCUGAUCCUCUGCAUCGUUUUCUAUCUGCUCAUCGGAGCCGUAAUCUUUGAUGCUUUGGAGUCGGACAGUGAGAGUUUAAAGAAGAAAGCGCUGGAGCAGGAACUGGACGAGCUGAAGAAAAAGUACGGAUUCACGGAGGAUGACUUCGAGAAGAUUGAGAAAGUGAUCCUCCAGUCAGAGCCGCACCGCGCCGGGUGGCAGUGGAAGUUCGCCGGAUCUUUCUAUUUUGCCAUCACGGUUAUCACCACAAUCGGCAAGUGGAAAUAAAUAUUGAAAUAUUAGCUUUACAAAAAAACUGCAACAGAUCAGCAUCAAGCCAUUGUGUUUUCAGAACUUCCUCAUAUUUUUAAAGUUGGACUCUGUCUUAUGACCACUAAACAGGUCAUUGGAGGCAAAGAAAGUGUGCAGAGUGCUGGGCACCUAUUUUGUGAGACAAGUUAACUUUAAGCUCCUCUGAGGCUUUUUUUAUAUUUACAAAACAGACUGAAAUUCAUAUUGAUGCAAAUAAGAUAAAAAGCAACAACAUUGAUAUUUUGGUGGUGUAAUUUUCUUGUGCCUGGACCUGGUGCGAGAGUGUAGGUGUGCACAUACAACUUUAACAGUUAAUGAUCAAUCUGACUGUAAAAAGUCAGAAUGAUAAGAUUUUACUCAGACACUUCUUCAGCCUAAAGAAGACAAGAUAAGUAAAGACUGCUUUGCCUAAGAGGGUGCCAAAAUUGCAACAACAACAAAAAAAGUGUCCCACAGGAGCUUUAAUGUUUAAGGACUUAAUAGUGACAUUAAAGCUCCUAGCAGAGAAAAAAUGAAAGAAAGAAAAAAAGAAAGAAGGUGAAAAAUGAUAAGUAAACACUCUUUAUUCAGUUUGAAAACAUUUUUUUCUUUUUGCUUCCUCUAGAUCAGAAUGACAUAUUAUUACAACAAAUACAUAUCUACAAUAGAAAAAUAAAUGAUAGCAAUAAAGUCUCUGCUCUUCAGCCAUAUUGUCGUAUUAACCUGAUGUGUGAAUAAAAUUUGCAAUUUAAAUCAACACUUAAAAACCAGAUGGGCAUCAGUUUUAUCAGCCAAAAUAACUUUCUUGUGUUAAACCUAUGCCUGGUUGCAUUUCAAUUCAUAAAAAACAACAACAACAAACAAAGUGUAACAUAAAGUCAGCACAUUGAUGAGGAGCAGAAUAUUACACUCUACUGUUGGAGUCCAGGAAAAGUGGACUUUUAACACCUUACCACUGUAACAGCUCGCUUGUUCUGUUUCUGCUUCAGUCCGCACAAAGACAGAUUUUGAAGGCGGCACGCAUUGAUUAUCAGUCCACUCAGGUGUAUUCAGAACAACAAAAAUCUGUUUGGCAGCGAAAAUGAAAGAGAAAGUGGCUCAAAAUAGUAGAAUUUUAUCUGUAACCUCAUGGCUGAGUGCAGUGCAUUAUGCACCUUGUCCACAGGGUAUCUUGGAUACCCACUUGUAACUUUUCACUUGGUCAUUGUGUUCCUGCCAGAAACCUUUGAGCACAUGCCUGCUCUAAACAAUACACUGAAAGGAAAGCUGUGUGACUGCAGAGUGUGUUUAAUUACUUCUAUUGUUUUAAAAUGAUCAGUUUCACGUGAUACAGAGGUGUGAUGAAGCACUUAAUGUCAAAAUAUUAAAAAGCACUUAGGCUUUACUCCAAAUUUGAGCUGAAUGUGUAAUUUGGUGCCAAGCUGUAACUCAAAAGCAGACUCUCAAGUCCUCACUCGGCUCUGCUUUGGUGGGUAUGUCACCAUUUUAAACCUGCAAUGAGAGAAGCAGUAGCAAUCUUAAUGACAGAGAAUCUUAAUCAACACAAAGCACUUGUUGUCAUGUGACCUCGAUUUGAACUGUGACUUCUAGGUUAUGGCCAUGCUGCUCCCCGCACUGAUGCUGGGAAGACCUUCUGUAUGUUCUACGCUGUUCUGGGCAUACCCCUGACUCUGGUUAUGUUCCAGAGCUUGGGCGAGAGGAUCAACACUGUAGUCCGCUACCUCCUGCGCAGAGCCAAGCAAAGCCUGGGUUUACGAGAGACGGAGGUAUCCAUGGGGAACAUGGUCCUGGUGGGUCUGCUGUCAUGCAUGAGCACCCUGUGUAUUGGAGCUGCAGCCUUCUCCCACUUUGAGGACUGGAGCUUCUUCAAUGCUUGCUACUACUGCUUCAUUACACUCACCACCAUUGGCUUUGGAGAUUUUGUGGCCCUGCAGAAGAAGGAUGCUCUCCAGAAGCGGCCCCCUUAUGUGGCUUUUAGCUUCAUGUACAUUUUGGUUGGACUGACGGUCAUUGGAGCUUUUCUGAACCUGGUGGUCCUAAGGUUUCUUACUGUAAGCACUGAGGGGCACGAUGUGAAACCAGAGGCAAGAGGACUCGAGAAAACACAGCCUAACGAUGUGGAGGCUGAUAGAGAGGUGUCAGUGGCGGACUCAGAAACUGCCGGUGCUGGAUAUAAAAACAGACAGGAAAGUCAUAGCAGCCUGAACAACCUUGGUCUUCCCAUGGAGGGUGGCUCCAGCUGCAUGAACCUCCUCCCCUCUCCUGUAAAGGAGCACAGACUUUUUCUAUCAGAGCGCUCUGAGCUCUCUGAACCGAGCAGACUCAGGGGGUUUAUCGCCUGUUGCAUAUGCUAUGGCACAGACCUUUACAAUGACUCCUCUGUACCUCACGGUGACCAGACAGGCGGCCACAGCAACCCAGUUUUCUACAACUCCAUCUCUUACAGAGUCGACAAAGCCUCCUGCAGUUCUUGCACCGGGUCAUCUCAGGCAUCCCCCAGCAGUGUAGCUCUCUGCCUGAGGAAGAGCAACCUUCACACCAGGAGAAAGUCAUUAUGA